GUUAAAUGUUGUUAAGUGUUUUUUUUACUGUUUAAUGUAUUUGUUAUUACCUACGGACCUAGGUGGUGAUACUUAGAAUGGGCCGUUUCGCAUUAAUAUGUGCGUUUGUCCUGUUCGCCCGAGCGGAGUCGUACGUACUCCUCACGGCGAACGUGGACGAUCUCCACGCGAUGGCCAACCAGCUCUCCAAGUCGCCAGUCGUCCAGCAACUCAAGGAAAUCUGGCGUCGCGCCAGCAAGACCUUUAAUUCUCAGUACUCGAAGUUCCGUGCUGUAGAUUCAGAUGAAGAUGCAAGCAAGGAUGGAGAAAGCCCCGUGAUGAGAAGCCACCGCCGCAAAGCCAUCAACCACUUGGUGGAAUUGGGACGCAACGCUUCUAUCUAUCUCAAGGAAAUGUUUGACAAUCUUUGAAUAUCAAUAAAUGACGAUGAAUAUAAAA